AUGAAUCUGAACUUCUGUGUAUUUGUAAGAACGGGAAUUGGUGUUUCUCCUUUCAGGCAUGUCAUUGCUCAGCGUGGAAUUGCAGUCAUAGAUUGCUCAUGGGCCAAGUUAGAAGAAACUCCCUUUAACAGAAUGAGAGGAGGUCACCCACGGCUGCUGCCCUAUCUGGUGGCUGCAAAUCCUGUCAACUACGGUCGGCCCUGCAAGCUGUCCUGCGUGGAGGCUUUUGCUGCAGCGUUUUGCAUUGCUGGAUUCCCAGACCUAGCCACCAUUCUUCUAAGGAAAUUUAAGUGGGGUGAGUCAUUUAUUGACUUGAACAAAAAUCUCUUGGAAAAAUAUGCAGCCUGUCAUUGCCAGGAAGAUGUGCUGAGAGUUGAAAAGCACUUUUUAGCCAGUGUCCAUGAAACAAAAGAUGAAGACAUAGAUCCAUUUGAUGUUGACUCAGGAAAAGAAUUUUCUAAUCCUAACAGACCGAUCCGUUCCCCAGGACUAGCACAAAGCAAUGAAGAAUCUGAGGAGGACAGCACAAGCACUCCAGAUGAUGCUACUGAAAGUGAUGAGAACAGUCCAGAAGAUGAUAGGAAGUUGCUGCAACAACAGCCAAUAAAUCAACUACCUGAAAACUAA